CGCGUAAGACGAAUCUCGGAUGUUCGUGUUCACGUUCUGUCAUCGUCGAAAUCCUCAUACCUUUUGGUAGCACAGUUUUCGCGUUAUUACUAUUAUACCACCGAUUAACCGAACGAACGACCCCACCGUCGUCAUGAUUAUUCGUCGGUGUUCGAUAAAACGUUUUUACGCGUUUCAACGUGUAUACAAAUUGAACACGAGACUCGAUGCGUAGUUGCUCGUCGUCGUCGUCGUCGUCGUCGUCGACAAGCAUCUUCGUCUUCUUCGCGAGUAAUCUACACUUGCUACUAUCAUCGUGUAAUCGUUGUCGACGUCUACGUGAGACGACGAAAAAGGAGAGAAGUGCGUGUGCUUUCGUGUUUCCUAGUGAUCGAGGACAGCAAGUUUUAAUGGAACGAUCGCAUAACUCUCCUCCUCGUUGUUACCUCGUCGACCUGCUUGAGAAAGCGCGACUUUCUCUCUUCUGUUUUUCUUCUUCCUUUUCGUCUUCCUCUCUUUUUUUUUCUUUAAGAAGUGCUUUAACGCUGCUCGGAGGACCUAGGUGUGGGCCUUUCGACGAAGUACUCCGGCGUAUUCUUUAUUUUCUUUGCAAGUUCUUCGUACACUACGGUCCACUUUUGACGCGUUCCCGCUUGGCACUUGGUUAUUAAACAUUCCAAGAAAGACAUUUGGAAAUCUUCGAGGAUAAAUAUAAUAUGCAUUGAUGCAUGAACGCGAGACGAAAUAUUUCUUAAUCGAAGUAUCUAUAUAUACGAUAAUUCUAACGUCAGUUAGAACGGACGUAACCGAAUAACGUUAGCGAGUCCGAAUAACUCGAAUUGGGAUUGGGAUCGUGAAUAAUGGGCCGGUAAUAAAAUACGGUGGAGAUCCGUGAGGACGAUCGGGAAGUUGGUGAAGGAAAUUUGUCACUUCCGGUGUUGGACGGAGGAGUGGAAAGUGGUGUCGACAGAAAAGAAGAUUCAAAGGGAGGUUCGGACGAACGGAAAAAAGAAGAAGAAGAAGAGGAAAAAGACGACGAGCAAAAAGUGUCACCACGCGUCACGCAGGGGUCGUGGGUCUAUGGGGGGCACCGCCCCAGCGGCCCCCCGGCUCGAAUCCAAACAGAAACUGUUAUUCCGAAAUUCGUGCUAUUCUGGCACGGGCCAGAACCACCGCCCCGAUUUCGGUGCAACCGUCCAAACGGAUGAAGAGGAGUCCAUCCAAUAUCAUGAGGCAGUCCAGCCUCACGAAACUUGGUUCUAUGAUCAACACCGCUGUCAACAAAAGAGCUGGCAAUGGUGACAUUCAGUGGUGUUUCUCGCAAGUGAAAGGGACUUUGGAAGACGACGUUACCGAAGCUGAUAUAAUAUCGUGUGUUGAAUUUAAUCACGAUGGUGACCUUCUUGCAACUGGGGAUAAGGGUGGACGUGUUGUUAUUUUUCAAAGGGAUCCUAUUAGUAAAAACAGUAUACCACGGAGAGGUGAAUAUAAUGUAUACAGCACUUUCCAAAGCCACGAGCCUGAAUUUGAUUACCUGAAAUCGUUAGAAAUAGAAGAAAAAAUUAAUAAAAUUAGGUGGUUAAAAAGAAAAAAUCCGGCACACUUUUUACUUUCCACGAAUGAUAAGACAAUAAAAUUGUGGAAAGUUAGUGAAAGGGACAAGAGAGUGGAAGGAUAUAAUACAAAAGAAGAGAAUGGUGCGAUCCGGGACCCUGCCUGUAUAACUGCCUUGAGGGUGCCAACCAUAAAACCAAUGGAGUUAAUGGUGGAGGCAUCACCAAGGAGAAUAUUUGCCAAUGCGCACACUUACCAUAUAAACAGUAUAAGUGUAAACAGUGAUCAAGAAACAUACCUCAGUGCAGAUGAUCUUAGAAUUAAUUUGUGGCAUCUUGAAAUUACUGAUCAGAGUUUUAAUAUAGUAGACAUAAAACCUACUAACAUGGAAGAAUUGACAGAAGUCAUAACAGCUGCAGAAUUUCAUCCUGUAGAGUGUAAUGUCUUGGUUUAUAGUAGUAGCAAAGGGACCAUCAGACUUUGCGAUAUGAGAUCUGCUGCUCUUUGUGAUCAUCAUAGUAAACUUUUUGAAGAACCAGAAGAUCCGACCAAUAAGAGUUUUUUCUCAGAGAUAAUCUCAAGUAUAAGUGAUGUUAAGCUCAGUAACUCCGGUAGAUACAUGAUUAGUAGGGACUACCUCAGUGUUAAAGUGUGGGAUCUACAAAUGGAAACAAAACCCAUUGAAUGCUAUCCUGUACAUGAAUACUUAAGAUCAAAAUUAUGUUCACUUUAUGAAAAUGAUUGCAUCUUCGACAAAUUUGAGUGCUGUUGGAGUGGUAAUGAUUGUGCCAUUAUGACAGGCUCGUAUAAUAAUUUCUUUAGAGUAUUUGAUCGUAAUACCAAACGUGAUUUAACUUUGGAAGCAGCACGUGACAUUGCCAAACCAAAAACUCUUUUGAAGCCUCGUAAGGUGUGCACUGGUGGAAAACGUAAGAAGGAUGAGAUUAGUGUCGAUUGUUUGGAUUUCAACAAAAAAAUAUUACAUACUGCGUGGCAUCCAUCUGAAAAUGUUGUAGCAGUUGCAGCUACAAAUAAUCUUUUCUUAUUCCAAGACAAACUCUAGCACAUCUGCAUGCAAAUAAUACAACGGUAUAUAUUGACGUGAGCGAGGCACGUUAAACUAAAUAGGCACGGUGAAACAAUAGGUGUCUGAAUUACACUGACGAAAGUCGACUAUUUGCAUGUCAAUAGUCGACUGACCGAAAAGUGGUGUACAUAGCGCCGUCCACACAGCUCACACGUUCAUAUAAGUUAUAUAUACACCUACAUGCAGAGAUUUGCACCUGAUACCUUGCCACGCGCAUACAUGUACAUAAAUGCAUGUAAGUUAAGACACAUGCAUAAAAGCUCCCAAAACUCUUAAGUUGACUAGUUCAAAUAAGUUUGCACAUGGAGUCACUCUCAAUUGAUAAAGUGAAUCGUCCAAUCAAUUAUUUGAUAAUUGUGAUGACGGUUACUACGAAGUUUUCUUACACCAAACGUGCAGCUGAAUUUCUAGCUUACUUGUGCUAUUACAGUAAUUGCGCUACUACACUAUGCAGAGACGGUCAGUGAAAAUAUCUAAUUCGCUCAUACAUUAUAUAAAAAGUGUUUUAACGUAACAUCUUACGAUCAGUUAUAAAAACAAUAUUAUCAGUGAAAGACAGUGGAUAUAUAACCGAUGUUUCGGUAGAAAUUGAUUAUAUAGCACAGGCAAUUGUUGGCUUUAUUUAUCCACUUGAUUAUCGAAUUGGGUUUUAAAAAAAGAAAAAACAAAAUGAAUCACUAUAACGUGUGCCAAUGAGAUUUAAUCGUUUACUUUCAUAUUCAUGAAUAUUUUAUGAAGAUCAUUAUAUAAUUAAUAAUAGUAAUAAUUAUAAAACAUGAUAGCUCAGUAUAUAAGAUCAUGUUUCUUUACUUUUCUUUCUCUCUUUUUUUUUUCCUUUUUUUCAUGGAGAAAUUUGCUACUAAAUCUUCGUACUAAACUGUUUUGAAUAUUUAUUAGUAAACUCUGCUUAGUGUGCAUCUAGCUGAAUGAAUAACAUCAGUUACCAAUACCGGAACAAAAAAUCUUAUAUAUAGGCCUACACACACAUUUUCCUGUUUUUAUUUUCAUAAUAAAGCUAUUGUUACGUGUAUUUCCUAUAUUGCGUUAGCUAAUACGGAUUAAGGAAUAUAUGGCACAAAUUUCUGCUUCAAAGGAUUCGGAUAAAAAAUAAAGUUUAAAAACGUAAAAACUGUUAUAAAUGAUAAGAAAAGUAAGAAGCAAUGUUAUGGUACAGCAAUAACAAAAAAACAUUCAUUUAUAUAAAAUUAUUUGUGUAAAAGAUAAAAUAGGAACUGAGGCAUAAUUACGAAAAGAAUGUGGAUUUUCUAAUAUUACUCUUAUUAAUUAUUUAUUGAAACGCGUACGCAUAUAAACAGUGAAUACAGUGCAGUUGUCGAUGGUAAGCUGGGCUUGCAGACUCUACAUGAAGUAUGUAAUAAUAACUUAAUUAAUAACUUACACGAGUAACGUAAAUUUCGAAUAAGUACCAAGGGUUUAACUCAGUUUGAGUAUGGCUAAAGAGCCAAGCUCUCCGUAUCUAUGUUGUAUUUAGUAUUUAUACUAUCCUUUAAAUAUUGUGUAGUAGAACUAUGAAACCUAAAAGAGACAGAAUAUAAUAAGUUUUAUCUUAGGCAGAUUCAAUUAAUGAUUGCACUACUUUUGAAAUACAAAGCAGGCUUCUUUUAAACAACACCUUCAUAUAUAUUUUUUUACAUAGUUAGUAUAUCUCAGUAUAUACUUAUGCAGUCUGGAUUUUGCUAUGCAUAUACAUUGGGGUGCUCCAAAUGUUCUUAAGGCUGUCAAUUUUAUUUAGUUUUAUCUUCAUUUAUAGCAUCUUUCAUGAAAGAUAACUUAAACAACCACAUCAUUUUGUUCAAUUUUCCUUAUAUUUAUAAUAAUCUUCUCAUAUUUCAAAUCUAUUUUGUGUUGGAAAUGUUUAUUACUUUACCGUUAAUUUUCUUAUCCGCUUUUGCUUAAGUGAUGGUUCAUAAGUGCCUUGAAGCGCAUUAAGAGUGCUCGAUUAUUAAAACAGGAAUUCUAAAGUACUAAAUUCUUACAGGUGUUUUUAAUACGGAUUAUAAUAUAAACAAUUUCAUAACACAUGCUACUUCAGGAUGCAAAGAUUUUGGUAAUGAGACAGAGAGAAUAAAAAGCACUCAAAAAUGUAUAAAGCACCAGACUAAUGUAUAUUCACGAUUAAUGAUUUUCCAUAUCAAAAAAAAAAAAGAAAAAAAAAAGAAAAAAAAAGAAAAAACCCAUUAGAAACUACCCUUUCUUAGGAAAUUAUUUCCUUCGAUAGAGAAUAAAUAUUCUUUAACGUUACAUGUGAAAAAACAAAGGAAGCAACAUGGGAGAAAGAGAGAAAAAGAGAGAACUGUUACAUAUUCUGUUAAUUAUAAAUAACGAUAAUAGAUUGACAUUACUUAAUUUAAACUUACACACACUAAAAGUCUUUUAACUUGCAUACUCUUUCAAAAUUAAUGGUCUGGAAUGAUGCAAUUAAGUUUAUUUAUUAAUUAGGAUAAACAUUUUGCUUUCAACUCAUGGAAUAACUAACGCAUUAUUAUGCUUCCUGUAAUGCAGUUUAAGAUUAAGAAGCUGCAAACCUUUCUCCAUAGUCUCUAUUAAAAAAUUUGGAAACUAAGCUUUAUAGGAGAAAGACAAAAAAUAUUUCUAUAACAAAAGAUCUCUCUCUUUCAAAAACUGAGAAUUAGUAUAAAGAAAAUGAUACACAAAUAUAUCACUUUGCAACUUGAUAUAUAUCAGCAUAAUAAAAUAGUUUAAAAAAAAAAAGAAAAAAAAAAGCUUGAGCAGUUUUAAUAAUAUUGACUGCACUGCAUGGAUCAUGAUAAUUGCAAUAUCGUAUAAAAGAUAUGUAUAGAAUCUUUGCGAACUUUGAGACUUUGCUCAACGUAUAGAAAAUUUGUAUUAUUUAUAAAUCGUCAGUUUAUAUAUCAAAAAUCUAUGAAAUCUAUGUUUGUGUAACGUGUAAUUGCAAAAUUAUCUUAUGUAAAAGCAGACCUAUUACGUUUAGGAAAGUCGUUCCUCGAUGUUAGAUAUCCAUGAAGAGAAACGAAAAGAUCAAAAAACGAGGAUGUAUAAGAAAGAAAGAAAGAAUGAAAAAAGAAAACAAAAAACAAAAAAUAAGAAGGUAAAGGUAUAGUGAAAGAUCAAUGAUCGUACCUUUAUACCUUCUCUAAGAUAUAUUAUAUAAGUACGUAUAUAUUAAGAAAAUUCAUAUUUCGUCUUAUGUUACAGUCAUCAAAAUCGUAACAUUACUUUUUAGUACGUAACAUCAUCAUCAUCAUCAUCAUCAUCAUCAUCAUCUCCACCUCACCCCACUAUCCAUAGUAACGUUACUAUUAUUAUCUUUUCGUUAUUUGUUUCCGUCAUUGUUUUUUGUUAACUGCUAUGCAGGUUUAGUCAUGGUAAUAACGAUGAUCUGAUAUCUUGGUUCAUUAGAUUAUAAAUGAUUAAAUGAUUUAACCAUGCGAUUGGUUGUUAGGAUUAAAAAAAAAUGAAUCGAAUAAUGCGAUGAUGAGAGAAAGAGAGAGGGAGGGAGAAGAUGAAAGAUAAAUUAUGCGAAAGAUUAAUUCUAGGACGUGCACGCUCCGUGAAAAUACAAUGAAAAAGCACCCGAAAAAGGAAUCGUUAAUAGACGGCGAUAAAUUCACAUUUUUUCGUCUACUAAAAUCGUUCGUUGAAUGAUGCUACAAGUGGUGGAGUUAAUUAAAGAGUUUAAUAAGGGAAACAAAAGAAAAAAAAGUUUGUAUUAAAAACAAUACGAUUGUCUAUAUCUUCUCGGAAAUUAUCAACUCCAUUCUGACCUCCACUCUCACUCCUAUUCACAUUAGGAGAAGACACGCCGUAACGAUUCUUACUAAUUCUGUUUGAUUGCUCGAAAUGCCUUACGACUGUCGCUAUAUCCGUACACAUCCGGACUAUAAAUCUAAUUCAAAUGAAGAUAAAGAAAAUAAAAAAUAAAAAAAAAAAACACUGAAUAUUAAACGAGGUUGGAACUUUGGCUCUCGCAGGACCUGUCUCGUGUGAUAAUAAUAAAUGUCAUUGUAUCAAUUA